ACAGCCUGCAGCAGACGGAGCUCCACCAUCAGGAUUGUCUAGAGUGGCAGGUGUUGUUAAUGGCAGUGACAGUCAGAUGAUGGGACCAGGCAAAGCCAAUGCUAACAUAAAAAACAAUAACCAGGAUACAUCACCAGAUGUUUUAUCUAGAGUACCUAAAGUUGCAGUGAUAGACCUCAGUGAGGAUGAUGACCUCCCACUGGACUCACCUGGGAGAGAAAGUCCUCCUAGGAACUACAGUCCACUUUCACUGCCAUCUAGUCCCCUACCUGAGAUUCAUGCUACAAGCACAUUAGACAUCAAUCCUUGGUCAGAUUCUGCAAACAGAUUGUUGUACUGUUACAUUGAUGCAAAUGGUCAACCAGUUACAAGUAAAGACAAUGCUGCUGUUAAAAUAGAUGAUGAUGUGACAUUUCUAAUAAGAUGCAAGUACACAGAUCUUCUACUAUCAGGGCUUUUAUAUACUCUGGAUAACACAAGGAAAAGCUAUGAUGACUAUGUGUAUGCAUACCUCAGUAACAUUGACUCUGCAGAUGUAUGCACUGCCCCAGUCCUGCCUGAUACCAAACAUAAACUAUCUAGUCAAGAUGUGAAUGGAAAUAAUCAUAUCAAACCUCACAAAAAGUUAACAUCUUCAACUGAAUCAACUUCAGCAUACUCAACCUCUGCUUCUACAUCCAGUUCUUCAAACAAGCCAUGCAAUUAUAGUGAAACAUCUACCUCAACAAAAACUUCACAUUUUAGUGAUUCAAAUUUUAGUGAUUCACAUAACAGUGCUUCACGUAUCAACCCUUCUUACACUAGUGCCAAAAAUAAGGAACCAAGGACUAAACAAAAGGAAACUUCAUCUGAAUAUUCAACCAGUUUGUCUGCAAGAUUAAAAAAUAAAAAUCCAAUUAUGGAAUCUCAACAAGAUAUUGUUCCUGGAACCUCACAGGAGAACUCUCAAAGCAGUUAUUCCUCAUUGUUAGACCAAAGAGCAUCCUC